GGAGGGCCAGAAUUUGUUAGAUUACGAUUACCCACUGCUAGAGUCUCCAGCUAACCUUGUCAUCAACUUGGACACACCAGCAGCAUGCGGUGAUGCAAGCUCAGUCACAAACGAGCCACUUCCAUCAUUCAACACAUUCAAUCAAACAGUGUCUGAUAUUGCUUGCUGGUACAAGUUACCUGCUCUCAGUGAAAUCUCUUCUACACCAGCAAUUGACACUCCUGAAACUUGCAGCGCUAAGCAGUUUUCUGAAUCAGAAAGCUGUACAGGUGAAAAACAAGAGUUAUCUGAUCGAUCAUUUGACAUGGACAAUAUUCUCGGCAUUGAACGUCACUGCUACAGUCCACGCCACUCUACACCCGCAAAAGAUCUCUGUAACACAUUACCACAUCAGACAUCAGAAACUGAAAAUCUACUUCAAUCUAAUGUGACUGUGAAUUAUGGACAAUAUCCAACAUUUACCAUGAACUCCCUGUUGAAAGCCACAAAUCAAAAUGAAGCUAUGGCUCAUCCAACUGUGUACAAACGACAAGAAGACAAACCCCCUUACACAUACGUAGCAAUGAUAAUAGUCGCCAUCUUGAAUUCUGAGGAGAAAGGACUUACACUUGCUGGCAUUCGUGACAAGCUUACGGAGAUGUUUCCUUUCUUUAGUGGCGAGUAUACGGGGUGGAAAAGCAGCAUUCGUCAUGCUCUCUCAAACAGCAAGUGUUUCUACAAAAUACAGAAAAGAGAUAAUCAAGACACCUUGACAGUGUAUGUAUGGAAAGUUAACACCAAGUUUGUGAAAUCUUACACAUUUAAUCGUCAGUCAAAGGGACCUAAGUAUGAAAGUUACAAAUUCACUCUUCAGGAGGAACUUGGCCUCCCUCCAUUUGAAUACCCAUCAACUGAUGACAGCUUGGGAAAAGACAUUAAGCUCCCGCCAAAACCUUGUUUCCAUAGUGAUUCUGUGUCAUUAGCCGGAAGUGUGUCAGAGGACUUCCUUAAUGCCAGAAAUGACUCUGUUCCAACUCCUAUGAGCGUGAUAUCUGACGUUGACAGUGCUCCCUCUAGUGUCAGUGAUAACAAGCCAUCUCUUAAACGUAAACGUAAUGAGGAUAUUACAUCAUCUCAGCAGACGGCACCUGCAAGCAAAAGGCAGACGACAUACUACAAUUAUCCACACUAUGGAUAUCAGCAGUACCCACAAAGCGCCUAUCAUCCUACAUACUAUGGAUCAAGUUAUCACAAUUCUACUCCUUUGUCUGUUGGUGACCAGUGGUCACGUGACUAUAAUCAGUAUGUGUACCCGCAGCAGUACAGUGCUCAAACAAUGAACGUUAAUGCUUACUCCAACGAGAUUCUGGCCAUGAGAAACUUGUGGUGGUCUUAUUAUAAUGGAAUGGUUCCCAGCAACUCUCAUCUCCCACAGAAUACAAAUGACAGUGACCGGUACCCUAGUACUCCUAUCAACAUGACCAAAUGUGAUGAAAAACAAAGUGAAUGAACUAACUGUUGUGAUCAAAAGGACAUGUGAGCAAAGUGAGUGACCAGUCAUAGAUAUGAAAAUAGAAUAAACGAUUGUUCUCAACUCAUCAUCAAAAUUAAUGAGUAAUUUAAAGUGUGAUGCGUGGUGUUGACAGAAUUAUACAUGUAUAUUGUAUUUUAAAUGCAUAAGGUAAAAUAUUGUUCAUUGUGACAUUAGAA